AAAAUUCAACAUAUGAGGAAUGCUUCAGGAUUUUAGUAUAUCUGGACAAGUUAUGAUAUUUUAUUAUCAUUUAUUGGUUUUUGUUUAAAGUUUUAAAUUGCAACAUGGUUUAUCCAGCACAGUUGACAGUUUUAAAGAUGAGUAGCAAUGAUGAAGACCAAUGGAAUGAUGACCAUGAUGAUGAAGAUACUGAUGAUGAAGGCAGCAUAUCACAAACCCAACAAAAUAAUAAUAUGCUCUUAGUUACGGCGGCUACAGUUGCAGCGACAUAUGCAACAAAUUAUUUGAUAAAAAAACCAUGUAGGACAUCUUGUUUAACAGAAGAGAUGUGGAUGGUGGAAUUACAAGAAGGGAAUCGGACAAGAAUAUUUGAAAAUUUUCGAAUGGAAAGAGAGGUAUUUUAUCAAUUGUGUAAUUUGUUACAAACAAAUUAUGACCUUCAAACUGGACGACAAGUCUCGGUUGAAGAGCAAGUUGCAAUAUUUUUGUUUAUUGUUGGCGGUGACAUUCGAAACAGAAAUGUCCAAGAAAGAUUUCAACAUUCUGGCGAGACUAUUUCAAAAUAUUUUAAGAAGGUGUUAAAGGCUGUUACAAAGAUGUCCAUUGACUGGAUAAGGCCUCAACCGACUAAUGGUGUGCAUCCAUAUAUUCGACGUAACCGCAAAUAUUAUCCUCAUUUCAAGGAUUGUAUUGGAGCAAUUGACGGGACACACAUCAAAGCAUAUAUAUCUCCAGAUAAGCAAGCUCGUCUAAUAGGUAGAAAGGGAUAUGCGACUCAAAACAUAAUGGCCGCAUGUGACUUUGAUAUGUGUUUCACAUUUUGCUUACCAGGAUGGGAAGGAAGUGCACACGAUACUCGGAUCUUCUUAGAUGCAAUUAGGAAUCCUAGUUUUAAUUUUCCAAAACCACAAGGAGAUGAGUUUUACUUGGUGGAUGCUGGUUAUCCAAACAUGAAAGGAUAUCUUGCACCUUACAAAGGAGAGCGAUACCAUCUAGCUCAAUUUGAACAUGGUCAACCCCCCCAAAAAAUGCACAAGAAAAAUUCAACCAAGCACAUUCCUCACUUAGAAGUGUAAUAGAAAGAACGUUCGGGAUUUGGAAAGCAAGAUGGCCGAUGAUAAAGGAUAUCCCACCAAACUACAAGUGGCCGACCCAAGUCAAACUUGUUUGUGCAACAAUGGCAAUUCAUAAUUUCAUCCGACGAAGUAAGCUCCGCGAUAUUGCAUUUGACUCUUAUGAUAGAUACACGGAUUAUAUGCCUAAUGAAGAGGAAGGAUCUUCGUCUCAUCAAGCACGCCAUGGGAAUGAUGUUGCAUGUGAUGACACCGAAAUGGA